UCUUACCUCACAGUUCAGUUGUAAUAACAUCCGGAACAUCUCUUUUUCUAUGCAGCGAAGGGAUCCCCAUAGUGCCUGAAUCCAAAUGGCAGAGAUGGUCAGUUCUGCUGUUGUCCAGGAGACAGUUAGCCAAAUCGUGUCUUGUUUCGUUCAGAAGAAUCAAGAAGAGGAAUCAAAUGUGAAUAGAAACUUGGAGAGGCUAGAAAUGGCUCACAUCAGGCUGGAGGCUGCUCUUGAGACAUCUCAUAAGUGGCAGGUCACCGAUGCAUCCUUGCUGCGUUGGCGAAGGAAGCUUAAGCGUGCUGCCCAAGAGUGCGAGGGCAUGCUGCACAAAUGCAAGCAGAGCAUCCUAGAAGACAAACAGAUUCAUGAGGAGUUUCAGGUCUCGCUGUCUCUGUACGAGAAACAGAAGACCUCUCUGACUGAAGAUGUAAUUUCCCUGAAAGAUUCUCCAUACCAGAACAUGUCCAACUGUAUCACGUCAUCCCUGAGCGUCCGCAAUGGUGCUAAUAUACAUAGCUAGCUGAUGUGGAGGUGAGAGAAAAUAUCAAAGAUUAUUUUAUAUAUUUUUUUUUAUGUACUAUUGGACCUACAUGUUCAUCUUAUAGAUUCUUGGACUGUGUGAAAUAGAUCAAUUAUUUAUU